GUGAGGGUUGAAAGCUGUAAAGCGUACUCAUCACGCUGUAGGUUGACAUGUCUGACAGACUCUUUACUCUUUUUCUUAGCCUUUUUUUGACACUUGAACAUGUAUGCAGUGGAUUCCAGGCUUGGACAUUGCUGCAGUACAACUCCAAAGAUAACAACUUAGUAAAUGUCAUAUGCCAACAUGAUGCACCAAUAAACUGGACUGUGGGUGCUACUGUGCUCAUUAAUGACCAGAAUGUGUGCAAAACAGACAAAAACAAUAUAGACUGUUCCAGAAGAGCAUCAGGAAACCAGUUUAAUUUUACACUGAAAAUUACUGAUGGGCAAAAAAAACUUCAAUGUAUGGUAUAUAGAAAUUAUCCACUCCCCAUCCAAGUGAGAAACGGAGAAGAAAUUAUGUUCCCAGGAAGUUUUACUUCAGCUCCCAAACCUACAAACUCAUGCAGCAUCUUGCCUGUGGCCAAUAAUUCCUUAUACGGUUUACUCAACUGGAUUCUGCUUGGAACUGUGCUUCUGCUGUGUCUCUACAGUUUGAUUAUUACAUCUGUGUUUAUUAAUCUAAGGAAAAAGAUUUCCGAAGAGCUUUCAAUAACCUAUGUUCCAAUGCAGCAAAACCGGCUCAGACCAAAGAAGAAAGGAGCAGACAAGAAUGCAGAAUACAUGGACAUGCGAGAGGUGCAGCACCAAGUACAACCCUUCAGAGACAUGAACCACAACUCUCACCUGAAUCGUAUAGAUGCUAGUAUUUGAUCCCCCUGUAAAAAACAACAACAGAGUGUAACCCAUGUAUUCAGGACUUUACUAUACCAUACCAUUAAAUGCAUUAGAUAAAUCCAUUAAACAACAAGCAGCUCAAACAUUAUAUAAAAAUGACUGUAUUUCUUUAUAUCUAAUCGAAAAAGCACGUUUUAUAAACAUGUUGUUGCUAUACCUUAUGACUGAAUCUUUGUUACCUUACUCAUAGGUUGAUACUGUUUAAUAUGUAUGUUUUUUAUAUAUAAAAUUGUGUGUGUGUGUGUGUGUGUGUGUGUGUGUGUGUU